CUCUUCCGGGUUAGUGGCUAUAGAAAUAAAAUAGACUCAGUCCCUUUUGGGAUUUGGUUGCAAAGAGCAAGUAAUGCCUCUAGCAAGAUGGUUGGAAAUUAUAUAUGGUACCUGGGUAAACUGCAGCAAGAUAGAAGGCCACUCUUGAAAAUGGUUUUCUUCAAACAAGUUUGACUUAUGAGUUUGGAUAGUUUUUUAUUUUAUUUUAUUAUUAUUAUUUUUAAAAUAUUUGUUGGGAAUUUUAGUGAAGCACUCAAACCCUGCUACAAAAUUAUUAGGAACCCACCCCCACCCCCACCCCACUCCUUUUUCCCCAUCUUCUUCUAAGAAAAAGCCUCAACCUUUCACAUAUAUAUAGAAUCUCUAACCUUCAUUAUCUUCCUCAUUACAUUAGUUGCUUAAUAAUGACUGUUUGGUCUUUUAAUUUUGUGUACCAAACAACAAAACAUAAAAAGUUCAAUAACAAACCUGGUCUCUGUCUAGUAAUUUUAAGAAAAAAGUUGUUAAAACCGUUCAGAUUAGUUCAGACUAAUUUGCGCUCUCAUUUAUACAUGAACAACUUUCAUCUCCUUAAAUAGACAAUUUUUAUAGGUUUGUUUCCUUUGAACUAUUCUCCUUUUUCUCCAUUACUGGACACUACUUUGUCUUUAACCUCGUGCAAGGUAGCAUAGAAAAAGACAAAGCAGAGCUGCAGAAGCAGAUUUAUUUACUGGCCUUAAUAUUGUUUGCAGAACAUUUGUUGAAGAAACGAUAAAGAGUGGUUUUUGUUCCAAUCCGAUAAAAUGACGGUUGAUAAAUCUUGGAUGCAUCUUCCUACUAGAUCUUGCACGGAGUAUAUUAAUGGAGUUGAAAACUUUCUUGAGUAUGCAUUUAAACAUUCAACAGAUGGAGAUAUGAUAAUCAACUGUCUGUGUAUUGAUUGUAGCAACAGGUAUCGUAGGACUCGGGAUGAGGUCCAAUAUCAUCUUUUAUUUAGGGGUAUAAGGAGAGAUUAUACUACUUGGUACCUUCAUGGAGAAGGUGAUAGUGAAGAGGAAGGUGAUAGUGAAGUGGAAGGUGAUGAUGAUGAUGGUAUGUUAUAUGGUGAUAUGUUUGAUAUGAUCAAGGAUGCUUAUCCACAAGUGGUGCAUGGCAAGGAAUCAAGUGGAAAUGAACCACAAGAGCCAAAUGGAGAUGCAAAGAAAUUUUAUAGAUUGUUGGAAGAGGUUAAACAGCCUUUGUAUCCAGAUUGUGAAAAGUAUUCAAGUUUGUCCUUCAUAGUCAAGUUAUUGCACAUAAAGUGCAUAUCAUCAUGGAGCAACAAGUCCUUUAGUAUGUUAAUGGAGUUGUUAAAGGAUGCAUUUCCUAUGUGUGAGAGACUACCUAACUCGAACUAUGAGGCAAAAAAGAUUGUCAACGAUCUAGGCCUCCAUUAUGAGAAGAUAGAUGUGUGCAAAGAUGAUUGUGCACUUUAUAAUAAGGAGUAUUCAGAAGCAACUCAAUGUCCAGUUUGUAAACUUUCAAGAUGGCAGCCAAAUAAGGGUGGUAAAGGGAAAAAUAAAAAGGUACCAUGGAAGGUUUUGCGGUAUUUUCCACUUAAAUCAAGGCUACAACGAUUGUUUAUGUCAACAAAGACUGCUGCGGAUAUGAAAUGGCACCAUGAAAAACGUGUUAAUGAUGGAGUGUUACGACAUCCAGCAGAUUGUGAAGCUUGGAAAAAAUUUGACCAAAUUCAUGAGUCAUUCGCAAUGGAUCCCCGUAAUGUUAGGCUUGGACUAGCUACAGAUGGGUUUAACCCAUUUGGAAAUAUGAGUAUUAAAUACAGUGUCUGGCCUAUUAUCUUAUUUCCAUAUAAUCUUCCCCCUUGGAUGUGCAUGAAGGAGCCUUACUCAUUGAUGUCAUUACUUAUACCAGGUCCAAAGGGUCCUGGGAAUGACAUUGAUGUAUUCUUGAGGCCGUUGAUUGAUGAGCUGAAAGAAUUGUGGGAAGAUGGGGUGUGUACAUAUGAUGCUUCAACAAAGGAGAACUUUCAGAUGAGAGUAGCAGUGUUGUGGACUAUCCAUGACUUUCCUGCAUAUGCUGUUAUUUCUGGUUGGAGUACAAAGGGAAAUUUGGCGUGUCCUUGUUGUCAUAAUGAAACUACUCAUUGUAGGUUACGAAAUGGAUAUAAGAUAUGUUAUAUGGGACAUCGUCGUUUUUUGGCCUUAGACCACAAAUGGCGUAAUAAGAAGUCACAAUUUAAUGGUAAAAGAGAAAGGAAGACAGCACCCAAACGGUUAUCUGGUGAUGAUGUGUUAAAACAAAUUCGUCCAUUAAAGCCAAUUAUAUUUGGGAAAGGCCAGAAAAAGCAAUUUCUAGAAGGGCAUGGGCAGUUUCAUAAUUGGAAGAAGCAUAGCAUUUUUUUUGAAUUGCCAUAUUGGAGAACACUUUUGUUACGUCACAAUUUGGAUGUGAUGCAUGUUGAAAAAAAUAUAUUUGACAGUGUGAUUGGGACAAUUAUGAAUAUUAAAGAUAAGACGAAGGAUUCUUUAAGCACUCGUCUUGAUCUAAAAGAAAUGGGUAUACGACAUACGCUCCACCCCAUAGAGGUUAAUGGGAAGAUAGAGCUACCCCCAGCUUGCUAUACACUGUCAAAUGAUGAGAAAAGGGCCAUAUGCUUAUGGCUAAAAAAUCUUAAAUUUCCAGAUGGCUAUUCUGCAAAUUUAUCUCGAUGUGUGAAUAUUGAGGAGAGAAAAAUUUCUGGUAUGAAGACUCAUGAUUGUCAUGUUUCCUAG